AUGGCUAAUGCUGAUGUCCAGUUACAGCAUAUGCAAGUGUCAGCAAUCGGAGACAUAGAGCCAUUACAUGUUGGAUUACUACUAGAAGCACUCACCCGCAUGGUGCACACCCCUCCAGAAGCGUUUGUUGAGCGCGAGACGCUUUUGCACAGAAGCGAUGACGAAGCAUCGCGCACAAUCGAACUCUCCGAUACACAAUGGAGCAAUGUGCGUAGGGCUCGCGAUCAGAUACGCUUAUUGGUGCGCACUGAGCAUGGAAUGACGCAGCUCGUGCUGCCCCAGCCGCCGUCACCACCUGGUGCGGCGCCGACAGUCGCAGUUCGCACCGUCGUGAUGGUUGAUGUACUUACGCCUGUUGCCGAGUCGACGUCUAUAUCGCCUUCGAUACAUGCACCUGGAGAGCAUCUUGACCCUAGUACGAUCUUUGCGAUGUCUAUGGAAGAGCUAGGCCAUCAUUCGCAGCAUCGGUCCGGAUGGGACGAGCUUAUACAAUUGUUGCAAUGGUUGCCUUCACGAGAAGUUAUGCGGUACGGAUUGCGGUUCGUAUUGCCAUCGGAUAAUGCGCUAGUGCUCCAUGAGCUUCGCGUUUUUCGUGCUAUCGAGGUGCGUACUUAUUUGAUUCUAUACAUACAUGCCUACAGAAAGAAAUGCUAA